AUGCUCGAUUCAAGUUCAUCAUCAUUCAUGUCAUCCAACACCACCAGCACCAGCACUACCACUUCUGCAAUGAUCAAACUCCCCUCACGAUGUCCCGAUUCCUUCUUUGAUGAUGCUUUUUUUAAUACCAAAUGGGAUGAAUUUAAUUCUUAUAUUUAUGAUCCGACUCAAUUUGUUCGCAUCUUUCAUCAGAUGAUUAAAAACAAACAAUUCGAUCAGUUGAAACGUUUACGAGUCUUGAUUCAAAAUCAAACGAUUUCCAUAUGUCGAAAACAAAGCUAUGCCUAUAUGAGGUGUCGUACGGUUGGAGAAGGCAUGACAAGUAGCCAAGAAUCAGAAGUGAAUGAAGACAAGCGAAGCGACACAAUUGAAUUGAAUCCAAUCGAUGAAGAAGAACGCGAAUAUGAAAUUAUUUCCUUACGAAAAGAUCUUCUCGAAAGUGCUUCCAUUCAAAGUAAAUUCUACAAGAAUGAAUCUCUCGUUGUCAGCAAUAAUGGAAAUGCUUCUGAAUCUUCCUUGACAAAAGUCAUGGUUUUUAAUGGUGAUUGUCUUGAUGUUGCAUUUUAUAUUCAAGACGAGCUCAUUAAGGAGGGAAAAUUUCCACAAGAGAGAGUUGCUGUUUUGAAUAUGGCCAAUCCCAACACUCCAGGAGGAGGAUAUAAAGGAGGUUGUGGAGCUCAGGAAGAAAAUUUACAUCGUAGAUCAAAUUUGUACAUGUGCUUGGACAAUCACGUGGAUAAAAUUGAUAAGUCCAGAACAUGGAAUUAUCCAAUUGGCUAUGAAAGUGGAGUUUAUAGUCCCAAUGUGACCAUAUUUAGAGGAUGUGAAGCCAAAGGUUAUCCAUUGUUGAAAACUCCAAGAUUAGUGGAUAUUAUCACGGCUGCAGCCGUUCCAUUCGCUCGCUCCACUGUCAGAGGAGUGGAUCCAAGAAAUUAUGGAACCAUUGAGGCAAUUUUGAAAAUUGCUAUUCAGCAUGGAGUGAGAAAUUUGGUUCUUUCUGCAUUUGGAUGUGGAGCAUUCCGAAACGAUCCAGUUAAAAUUGCUGAAAUCUUUAAAGAAAAAAUGGAAAGCAACGAGUUCAAGAAUUGCUUUGAUAGAAUUUAUUUUGCGAUCAUUGAAGAUCACAAUUCAAGAAAGCAACAUAAUCCUGAAGGUAAUAUCAAACCUUUUGCUGAUACUUUUGCGGAAUAUAUCGAGAGAAGUGACAGCCACAGCUUCCUCGAAUCACAAUUGGAUUACGAUUACGAUAACAUGAACGAUAUUUAUGAAUGUACUUAUAAAAACAUGUGA